UUCUCUAUUUUUCAUCAGUAUCAUGGUUACACCGUUUAGGUUUCCAAAGUUCCAGCUAGUUUUCUUCUCAAUUUCUUCAGUGUGGAAUGCUUUCAGUGCAUCUGAGGGACUUUACCCUUUUGGGUUAGAAGCAGGGGAUAUGUUUCUACCCAAUUGUGAUGACUGCAGUUGGGGGCCGGUCAAACUGAAGAAUCCCAUCACGGUUUUUGGGAUGCCCACCCAAGUAUGCUAUGUCAACACCAAUGGAGGCAUCAGUUUCACAAAGCCAGUUCAUGAGUUCAGCCCUGCCUGCUCACCUACGGAUGAACCAGAAAACAUGAUUGCUCCAUUUUGGGCAGAUGUUGAUACAAGGUUCAUGGGAAACGUUUCAUUCCGGGACGUGGAUGAUGCGUCAGCGCUGUCAGCAAUUGCAGCUGAUAUUAAGGAAGCAUUUCCGGCUUCAAAUAUUCCUCUACUCUUGUCUGCUUUAGUGGUGACUUGGCACUCAGUUGGAGCAUAUGGAUUGGGCACCACAUCUCCUGCAAACACAUUCCAGAUGGCGCUCGCAACUGAUGGUUAUGCCUCGUACGCCAUUUUCAAUUACGAAUCCGUGGAAUGGACGCGUGGCACAGAAUCAGAGGUGGAUGCAUGGGCCGGAUUGCAUGCAGCUGAUGGCGUCCCACAACAUGUAUACUCAUUGGCUGCCAGCUGCUCUGAUCUCAUGAUCAACAUGACGUCUCGGUCAAACUUCCUGCACCCCGGGAAAUUCGUCCUUCAAAUCAACACGCCCAGGAAUCUUCAUGUGUUCUCUUGCGAGAAAGACGGGGAUGCUCAAUUAUGCAUGUUAAUAUGGGAUCCUACAAAAGUCUAUGAAAACCCAACAACAGUCCAAAUCGUCCUGCAUUCUUUCAACCCAAUUGGCGACACUGUUCUGACAGCAGCGAAUAAUUCUGGACACUUCAAAGUGCGGAUUCCUGAAGCUGCACUUGAAACUAAUAAGCCACUGACAAUCGGUCUUAUUCCUGAAAAAGAAGGAAUUUCCCCGAUGUUGAUGGCUGAUGCUGAAGAAUUCAUGAACAAAUUCUGGACCAGGAAUUCCGAACGUUGUGAGCAAUGGUACAACAAUGCUGGGGUUCCGGAGUCCUCAACAAUUUGUCCUCCAAUCGAGUUACUCGCCAAUUUCGACCCCAGAUUCGAAGCAAGUGUAUUGAUGAGGAAUUAUUACCACCCGGACGCUGACGUUUGCUACAGAUCAAUUAUGGGCCAGCCAUUGCAGGACUGCUGCUACAAGAAUGGAAUUGCUGAAUGUGGUCUCAGAACUGGUGGGAAUGUAAUUCUUAAUGACCCAAGCACAGCCUACUUGGAGUACUUAUCCAAUGAUGUUGUGCCAUUUUAUGAUUGCUGUAAGACUGAUGAAUCUGGGUCAAUUAAUUCAUCAACAUGCGCCAUGUUUUAUGAGAAAAGACCAGCAAAUUGUGGACAAGGGUACGAACCCCCAGUUGUUGGUGGUGGAGGUCUUGGUGACCCACACUUCAUGACGCUAGAUGGCGUCUCCUACACCUUCAAUGGAUUCGGGGAAUAUCAGCUUAUUAGAACGUCUGAUUGCGUGGUUCAGGUCCGACUGGGCACAACUCCAAUGAUUUCAACAGCAACUGCAGUGAAGGCAGUUGCCAUGAGUUGCGGCACUCAGCCGUCAGUACAAGUUGAAGCAGACGAAUCGGGGUCCAUGCAAAUUUACUCAGGACUCGGAAAACGCCUGUUCUUUUCUCCCAAUCAACAAAUGAUCAAAAUUUCAGACCACAUACAAGUCAGGAAAGUCGGCCCCGCAUUGAUGCUAUUUUCGCCUCGACUUUCCGUUUUGCUCACUAUAAAAUUUGGGAUCCUCGAAAACACUUUGUUUGUUGCUCCUUCGGAAGCAGGAAAUGCGAUUGCUGUUGGAUUGGCAGGGAAGUUUGAUGGGGACCGACGCAAUGAUCUGAUGCCCCGAGGCAAUGUUUCACUAAGAUCACUAGAUAUCACCGAAUCAUCAAAUUCGUCAAACAGCACCGAAUUGCCACAUUUGUUGAAUAUCCCAGAAAUACCAAUUUUGCCAGAAGUCAUCAUCGAAUCACCGUAUAUCACUGAAUCGCCAAUUUCAUCAAUAUCGCCAGAUUAUGCACGUGCUGUCUUCUAUCAGUUUGGGGAAACAUGGAGAGUGUCAAGAAAUGAGUCGAUAUUCUUUUAUCCGGCAGGGACAUCGUAUGAUACCUUCAACAAACCUGAUUUUGUACCAGUUUUUCUCCUUGAACCUAAGGAAUCAUUCCCAGAAUCAGUGCGGGAUGUGUGCCAAAAUGUGCAAGCAUGUUACAUGGAUUACCAGGCAUCACACAGCAUUCAAAUUGCCAUGAAUACCCUCCAACUGAUUAUCAGUUUAUUGAACAAAAGAUCAGCUAUGGAAACAGCAAGAACUAUUAAAGUGUGUCCCACUCCGAGUAACCCUGCCAAUGGGGUUGCAGACUACUCAACCCUCAUCUCAGGAUCAAAGGCUAUAAUUACCUCUGAUGGCUACAGCACAUUCGCCAUUUUCCGCUACGGCAACCUGACCUGGAGCCGUGGCGCAGAGUCGAACCUCGACGCAUUUGCCGGGUUCAACUCGGGUCGUCGCCCAACAUCGAUCCCCAUUCACAGUCUGCCCCACAGUUGUUCCCAGGACGUGUUGCAAUUACAAAAUCUGUCCAACACCGGGACCCCCGGGAAGUUCGUCUAUCAAAUAGACGGCGACUUGAUCGGAGAUCCCAAGACAUGCACUUUCCCCACGGAAGAACAGAUGUCGCUGGUAACCAUCACACCUCGUGAGCUGGGGCUCUAUGGAAACGAGCUCGUCACUCUGUCGGGUCUUUGCCUGGGCAAGGUGUCCAACGUGUCCUGCGCAGUGAAGGACAGAACUUUGGGUUUGGUCCCUGGAAAGGCCCUGGUGUUGGAUUUUCGCACUGCUGGCUGCGUCACACCGACUUUCGCAGCUGCAGGCCUGGCAAAAAUUCAAUUCACCAUCAGUUUAUUCAAUGAUACAUUCACGACUGAAAGAGACGUGGUUGUGGGGAGGCCCAGAAGGGUUCUCGGGAUCAAUCUCACUUCACCGGGCAGUGCGACCAUCACCUGGGACAGGUCCUGGUUUGAUUCUUUGACGAGUGUCGAUAUCAAGCUUUACACCUUCCAAAAUGGCUCUUCUGUCACUCUUAAAACAGUGGCGAAUACUGGCAAAGAAAAUGUGACCAUUUCCCCGAUAUAUUUCAACUGGUCACAGCCUACCACUAGAACUAUUUUGGUGGAGCCUACGGUUACGUCAGGAGGUCGAGGGAUAUUUGCAGACAUAGAAGAGUUUGCACAAAGGUUUUGGGGUGGUGGAUAUGACUUUUGUCAAAAUUGGCUUCGCGGGCAAACCAUUCAACCAAACCCUUCAACUGCAUGUCCUCCUCUCAUGAUACAAGCCAGGAUUGAUCCCAGAUUUAUCAUCAGUCGCAGAGCAAAGCGAUUCAUGCAUUAUCCAGCUAAAGAAUGCUACAGAAGUGAGGCUCGCAGUGUACUCAAACAACAGACUUGCAGAAUGUACUAUGAGAAACUAGGAUCUGAUUGUGGAACCAAAUAUAGCACAGAUGAAGUUAGAGCAAACGCUUAUGCUCAUGGUGACCCCAUUUUCACCACAUUUGAUAGAACACAUUAUGCAUUCAACGGCUUUGGAGAAUACCAUUUCAUCAGGAGUCCAGAUUGCAAUGUCCAGGUGCGUCUAAGGCCAAAACAAGGAGCAGGAAAUGGCACAUCCAUCCAAGCAGUGGCUGUGAAAUGCGGAGCAGGAAAUCAUUUACAGAUUCAAGCCAGUUCAUUUGACCAGAUGAUGAUCUACACAUCUAAUAAAUUUUACAUGCGGAUUGUGGAAAAUGAUUUUCCAACAAGAAUUGGUCCAGAAAUGUCCAUAGUCAACAGCUUUGGUGAUUUCAUAAUCUCUACCAAGAACCUGAGAGUAGUUGUUUCCUAUGGGGGGCUCAAGGCGAUGUUAGUGCAAGCUUUCGUUACAAGCACCUACGCGGGGAACACAAACGGACUGGCGGGAAACCUGGACGGCGAUCCAACCAAUGACCUGUCACCGAGAAACGCAGAUACGCCCUUGCCCUCCAAUGCUUCCCUCUCAGGCAUCCAUUGGGCAUUCGGCGAAUCAUGGCGUGUGAAACCCGAAGAAACCAUUUUCGUGUACCUCGGAGAUGAUGACACGAGAGCUGCCCACCACGACCUAGCUUACAUCCCGCCCCUGGAACCAGCACUAGUGCCAUCACAAAUGGAAUCUGAAUUGUGCGGAAACAACGUGACGUGUCUCUUUGACCUUUACAUGUCCGGAGAAAUUAACCUUGCUGAGGAAGCGAUGCUGAUUGAAUACGUGAUGCAAGUGAGUGAUGGAGAAAUGCAGAGGAAAGUUGAGCGAUGCAACGCACCUCCGAAACCCGUCAAUGGAUACGCUGUUUUCAAUGGCACAGCCGUUGGAUCUAAGGCCAAUUUUGCCUGUGAUCCGACUUUCAAACUAAACAGUACUGUGCCGUUGGUUUGCAAUGCAGGUGGUGUCUGGACAGGUGCUGUCCCAAAGUGCCAGAAAACUGUCGUCGUAGGCGGUGGAAAAUAAUGGAAACCACAACCACAAGUUUCGCUGGACUCGUAAAGAUUGUCUUAGUGAAAUAAAAUUCGGUAAUUUCGUGGUUUAGUGAGAAUUGCUGGGAUGUCAUCGCUGAAAUCGAAGCAAAAAUAUAUUUCAAGGCUUAGAAGUGAA